AUGGGCAACUUCAUACUCAAGCCAGGUACUAAUCACGCCGGCGCCACUACAAAUAUCAAGGAACCACAGAAUACCUACACCGCCUUUUGUCCUACCGAAAGCGAGACUGUGUCUGCAGUAGUCCUCCCCAAUUGGAUGGUGGAUGUGGCAUCAAGUGCCGGCAGCGACGAACAAGAUGAUCAGAAUCUCGGACUUGACGCAAAAGACAAAUAUUCUGCAACCGAAACGAUCGAUCGUAUGAUCCAACGAUCUGUACAACAGAUUAACAAACAAGAACUCAUGAAGGUAAUUGCUAAAGAAACCUCAUGCGCCACCAAGCAACUGCCUGAUGAGGAGUACUUUUUGGUGAAGCGAUGGAGCUUUGGUGGUGAUACGUCAACUACAAGUUGA